CAAUUCAUACCCGAGCAGUAAAAUGGCCGACCGUCAACCAACUGACUUUUCAACGCUUUAAAACCAGUGUGGUCUUUUCUUCGUUUACAUUAUUCCCAUUGCAUAGUUACAAACAGCACUGUGGAGGACUCGUUUUCACAAUUAGCCGCGUCGCUGGGUACUUUUAAUGGAGUCUGUUGGAUUUCAAGUCGCCUCGAAUGCCUCAAAAUUUACAAUUUCGCACUGAAGCACUUUAGCAGUAGCUAGCUUCCUAAGCUACGUUUCAUGUAAUUCCUGGGAAAGGAGCGUCUGAAAAAGGAACAGCAGUUCAUGGAAGACAAGAAAAGGAAGAAAGAAGAUAAAAGGAAAAGGGAAACCUCACAGAAGGUUGUCGAGCAAAAAAACAAAGUGCCAGAACUGACCAAGACCCCAUCUACCCAAUCUCCUGCCAUCCCCAGCUCGGUCUCCCCCAGCCCUGGCCCUAUCUCUUCUACUACAACCUCCACUGCCACCCCGGCUGCUGGUGCCCCCCCUCAGGGUGGGAACAAUGCUAAGCGGUCGGCGGUGGCCAACGGACAGCCCUCCCCCAGUGCCCAGGCCCCACAGCGCUACAUGCCCCGUGAAGUGCCCCCUCGAUUCCGUUGCCAGCAGGACCACAAAGUGCUACUGAAGAGGGGUCAGCCACCAUUGUCCUCCAUGCUGCUGGGAGGAGGAAACAGUGGGGGAGACAGCCCCAAUGCAACCGUGGCCGCUGCCACAGAUUCCAGUUUGGUUUCUGGAGGUCCAGCUGCUUCCUCUCUGCCCCACACAUCAUCCUCUUCAUCAAUCGCUGCUUCUUCUACUACUACAAAUUAUGCAAAUUCCAUGUGGGGGGUGAGCUCUGGUAGCCAACCCCUCUCUCAGGGCAGGGAGAAGGUGAUAGUGGAUGGGUCAGAUUUGGAGGAAUGGCCUAGUAUUGCUGCUGGGGAUGGAGCCAGAACAGGAGAUAAGGGCGUUUCUGGAGGUGCAGAUGGCAAUGGAAUGCCAAACUCUAAUGCCUCAUGGGGUGAAAGGCAACAAAUGAAAGUUGUGGGAGGAAUAAAUGAAGGUGGGAAAAGUGUCAGUUCUGGUAGCCCUUCCCCACCUUCAUCGUCCUGUUCAAACAAUGAAUGUAUGCAGCCUACUAGUGUUGUUUGGGGUUCCCAGGGAGCCACAGGUGUAAAUUCAGUAGCAGCAGGAUCAUUGCCCUCUGUAUCCAAAGCCUCCCCUCUAUCAGGGACUGAGUGCUCCAUUGGUGUCAACUGUGGGUUUCCAGGUGCCAACUUUAACCCUAAUGCCAACCCCUCUGCCUGGCCAGCCCUGGUACCAGAUGGGGCUGGGGCAGCUGCAACAGAGGGUAGCUCCACUCCUCUCCAAAGCUCAACAUCAUUGUCUGCCAACAACUCUAUUUCUGUGAAUCAAGCCUCUCAUCAGCACCAACUUCACCAAAUGCAAUAUAGAGACAUAGAGCCAUCCUGUAGAGAAUGGGGUGGUACAUCACUGGAGCCAGGUGCAGGACCAAAAAACACAGCAGUGAUGGAUGGGGGUGAUGGAGACUGUGGAAGUACUGUGGGAGGGGAUCUUUGUGCAUCUUCUUCUUCGUCUUCCACCUCUUCAUCUACUUGGAGAGCUCAGCCUUUUCCUGCAAAUUCCAAAACGGGUGCCUCAAGAACUGAUGCAUGGGAGGGUGGAGCUGGGGGUAAUUCUGUCUCUGCUGAUGGGGGAAACUCAUGGGGGUUCAGUGGACAGGAUGACCGAGGAGGGCCUGUGGGUGGGAGUACAUGGGGCACUGGAACUCAGGGAGCAUGGAAUGGAGGAGUUGGUGAUUGGGGCAAUUCAAGUAGUGUUGGCAAUCCAGGUGGGGGAAAUGGAGAUGGCUCAAGCAGUAACAGCAGCACCAGUGGUGGGAGUGCUGGAAACCCUUCAGUUUCCUCCUCCACAACUUCAACUAUGACAAGAGCUUGGGACAAUCAGAAAGGGUCUGUAGAUGGAGUAACAGGAGACUCCAAUGAGUGGGGAGGACAGGGAACCAGGGGCGGAGGAGGUACCUCAUCCUCCAGUGGUGGGGGAAACUCAAGAAAUGGCAAUCAGCACCAUGGCCACAACCGCACUCCUCAGCCUCCCAAUGCUGAAGUGGCCUUACAGAAUCUGCUCAGCCGGCCUGAUCUGGACCCCAGAGUCCUGUCCAACUCAGGAUGGGGGCAGACACAGAUCCGUCAGAAUGUGGCAUGGGAUUUUGAAGGAGGAGGAACAGCAGGUGGAGCCAGAUCUGCUGCUCCAAGCCAUGUUCCACCAUUUUCUACUGUCCCUUCAACCACUGCCCCAUCCUCCUCUUCUCUACAUCCUGGUCAACCUCAGAACACCAACCUAAACUCCAAUUCAGUCCUUACACCCCAGUCUGUCUCACCUGGUGAAGGCUGGGAUAACAGUAGUAGUAGCAGCAGCAGUAGUUCCUCUCUGCCUAAUCGAGGGCCAAAGCCAGCUGCUAACAGUAUCCAAACCCCUGGUGUUUCACAAUCUGAUAAUGCAGUGGGCCAGUUAGCAGGGGGGCAGAACAAAACUUCAGGAGGCUGGGGAGAGUUAAGUCCAUCUGAGAGCCAAGGGAAAGGUUGGGGCAGUGAGGGUCAAGAUUGGAGAGAUCAGGUAACAGGGGGCAGAUCAAGUGGUUGGGGAGAUGUUAGACAACAGGGUACUCAAGUAGGAGGUGGUGAUGAGUGGGGUAAAAUACAGGAUGAGAAAGGGGCUGGAGGUUGGAAUGAAAUGAGUAAAGGUGAUGGUGGGAACUGGGGCAAGAGAAGUGGUAGUGAAUGGGCAGAGCGGGAGACCAAAGCAAGACCUGGGAAUUGGGGAGAUGCAAAGGAUAAUGGAGGUACACGCGUAGACUCAGAAGUAGGUACUUGGGGAAGCUGGGAUGAAGGCACACCAAGAAAAGCUUGGGGAGCAGGAGGUACUGACACAGCUGGAGUUGGAAGUGGGGGGGACCUAUGUAGCAAGGCUAACUCGGGUUGGGGUGGGAAUUUACACACUUCACAGAUGCCAAACAGCCAGUCGACCUCUCUGAAAGGUCAGGCACAACAGCAACAACAAUCACAGCCCCAACAGUCACAGUCACUGGACACAGGGGCCAUGCAAGGGGGCUGGGGAAGACAAGGAGGUCCUUCAGCCCCGAGCCAAAGUUCAGGGUGGACCUCAGGGCCCAUACCCCAAAUAUCCAGUGGCCCUAGCAGUUCAGAGCCAAGUGGCUGGGAAGAACCGUCUCCACAGUCUAUAAGUAGGAAAAAGGAAAUAGAUGAUGGAACAUCUGCCUGGGGUGAUCCCAAUAACUACAACUAUGUCAAUUAUUGGGACAAGAACAAUGGCUCAUCUGGUCAGACACAACCAAUGCAGACUCAGCAGCAGGGACCUCCACCUAUAGCAGGAAGAGUGCCUACAAGCCUUGGGAACAGGGACAUGAACCUCUCGCAUUCUUCCAAUAAGGGCCCCACAGUUGCUCAGUCUGGAUGGGGCAGAAGCAGCUCUCCAUCUAGUCCUUGUGUGGAUAAUGGCACUGCAGCCUGGGGAAAGCCCACUGAGACGUCCACAGGCUGGGGUGAGCCAGAUGACUCUGGGAAUGCGUCAGGUUGGGGAAAUCCCUCCAACCCAAUCAAGCCUGUAGGUUCAAAGUCUAUGCAAGAAGGAUGGGGUGAAAGAGAAGGCUCUGUCAGUGCCUCACGUCACUCUAGCUGGGAGGAAGAGGAUGAGGGCGGUGUUAUUUGGAACAGUGCUGGAUCGCAAGGCAGUAGCUCUUCAUACAACUCUGGGGGCUGGGGAGGCAAGAAGGUUAAUAAGGGCUCAGUCAAAGCUGGGGACUCUUGGAUGAACCCUAUGACUAGACAGUUUUCAAACAUGGGGCUGAUGGGAGAGGACACCAGUGGCCGUCCUUUGGAUCUAGCUCCUGGCCCUCCUCAAGAUAAAAAGAUUGAUGGAGAUAAACGAGGUAUGGGUUUGAAUGACUACAAUGGAGAAAUGCGCAAAGGAGGGCGUGGAGGUGGAGGAGGAGUAGUCUUCCGUUCACCUGGUUCCAAAGAGUUGGGGCCUGCUGAGACUGGGCCUUAUUAUGACAAGCAGACCUUGCCUUUCACCAAUCAGGAUGGGUGCCUUGGGGAGGAGGGGCCUUGUUCUCCAUACUCUCCGCCCACUGUCUUCAAGCCCUCUCCCCUCUACAACCAUCCCAAUCCCCCUAGACAAAUGGGUGGUCAUAUAUUUGGAAGCAGUGGUGGAAUGACACAGCCAAGGCACCAGCCAGGGAUAUCACCCAUUAACCCAACUGUGCGAGCGCAAGUGCCUCAUCAGUUCCUGUCACCUCAGGUGCCAGGCUCUGUGCUGAAGCAGAUGCCUCCUCCAAGUGGUGGUGUUGGAGCAGUAGGUGGAGGAGUUUUCCCUCCUCAGCUGUCUCCACAACACAUUGCCAUGCUCAGCAGCAUCUACCCCCCUCACAUCCAGUUCCAGCUGGCAUGUCAGCUGCUUCUGCAACAGCAUCCGCAGCAGCAGCAACAGCAGCAGCAGCUUUUACCGAACCAGCGAAAGUUCCCUCAGAAUGUGCGUCAACAAGCAGACCCCCAGCAGCUUGCAAGAAUUAUGGCUGUACUCCAGCAGCAGAGGCAACAGCAACAGCAGGUGGGAAAUGUAGGGGGAAGCUCAAAACUUUCACCAUCUCACCUUGGUACUGGUAGCCAAAAAAUGCCCAUGUCUGACUCGUUGUCUCACCCUGGUAUGGGAGGCUCAGUGGCUGACCUGCAUCAAAAAUCUUCGCCUACAUAUUCAGGGUUUGGUUCUGGUGUAAAUCUGUCUGGUCUUGAGUUGGGGUCCAUAGCUGGUGGUCCAAGUUUGAAAGAAAGUGGCGGACAACAGUCUCGCUUUAAAUGGAUGAUGGAGGGACAUUCGCCAGCUCCCUCUUCUGAUGAUGCACUUCACAAAAAUGGCCCUAUUACUACUUCUCUGAAGAGAGGAGGCUCCCCAUAUUCUCAGUACGAUAUAUUGGCUGCUGAAGGUUUGGGUGGCCAUCUGCAAGGGUCUUCAGACAACUGGCAGAGAACUCCUGGAAACAAAAUGGGAACCAAGACUGGAAUAUCCAGCUGGCCUCCAGAAUUCCAGCCAGGAGUGCCAUGGAAAGGCAUACAGAGUGUUGAUCCUGAAUCUGACCCCUACAUGACCCCUGGGAGUAUGCUGAGUUCAUCUGCAGUGUCAAGCCUCAGUGACACUGAGCACCAGUUGCUAAGAGAUAACACGGAAUCAAACCCCUCCCUAAACACCUUGCUGCCUUCACCUGGUGCCUGGCCCUAUAGUGCCUCAGACAGCCCCCUCAACAAUGCACAUAAUUCAGCUAAGUACACAGAGUACAAGCCAAGCUGGCCUCCUGAGCCCAUUGGACACAACAAGCCUUGGAAGACCAAUCGAAAUGCAUCUCAUCUACCCCGCCCACCUCCUGGACUGACCAAUCAGAAACAGUCCACUGUGUCCCCAUGGGCAGGAGGAGCACCAAGAUUGGGAAGGGGUUGGGGUGGAUCUGGAGGAAGCCACGAAACCAGAUAUGGAUCUGGGUCAGCAUGGAGUGAUGGCGGAGCCUCAAGGGGGAGUUGUUGGCUUUUGCUGAGUAAUCUUACUCCUCAGAUUGAUGGUUCCACCCUGCGCACUAUCUGUAUGCAGCAUGGUCCUCUCUUGACCUUUCACCUUGGUCUAACCCAGGGCAGUGCUCUGAUUCGCUACAGUACUCGCCAAGAAGCAGCCAAAGCUCAGAGUGCACUGCACAUGUGUGUUCUGGGCAACACCACAAUCCUGGCAGAGUUUGUGAGCGAGGAUGAGGUUGCUCGCUAUUUUGCACAUUCCCAGGGUGGAAGCACCAGUGGAGGUGGGCCGCCAGGAGCAGCAGGGUCAUCCAGUGUGGGUGCAGUAGGCACAGUGAGUACUGGUAGCUCUGGAGAGCGGGAAAGGGCAGGAGGAGGAAGUGCUACCACAGGAGGUGGUGGCAAUGGAGGUGGAGUUGUGCCUGCAGGUUCUAGUUGGCAGAGUUUGGAUGGUACCAGUGGCUCCCCAGAUCCGGUCUCUGUCCAGGCACCAGGCCUGAAUAUCUUUGCCCAGUGGAGCAAUGGUGCUGGUGGAAAUGGGGCAAGCAGCAAUGCAGCAGGUGUGGAGCCAGGCAGGCAAGGGCUAUGGGCUGCAAUGCCAGUAGGAUAUCCAAGCAGCAGCCUUUGGGGAUCGCCAGCUGUGGAGGAUCGGCACCAGAUGAGCAGCCCUGCAGCUCUGCUACCUGGAGACCUGCUGGGUGGUGGCUCUGACUCCCUCUGACAGACACAUUUACAUACACACAAAUACACAUACGCACUGGCAGCACACACGUCAUUAUGACAUGAGCAUACUGAAAAGCACCCAGUUGUACAUCUACAAAUAAGUAAAUGCAGGCAUAAAAGCACUCUCAACUACAGGAAUCUGGAGAAUUUACAUGUUUGUAGACGUAAAAUAAUUAGUAAAUGUGUUUGCCAGCAGAAAUAUAUUGACAAAUUUCUUAACAAGCACUCAGUUAUAUGGUACAGAUAUACACUCAAAUGUACUCUAAUGCUGAGAACCAUAGAUUAUUACCAAUACCAAUUGCAUUAAAGCGUAAGAGAGAACACUGGUUACAGAUGUACACACUGUUAAUCACAUCAGUUUCACAAAGACCGUGCUCUAUACCCUGCUCUCCAUAAUCCAAUCUCCAUUCUAAAAUCUCAGGAGCGUGAAGACGCAGCGUGUGGUGCACGGCCGUUUUUUUUUUUUUUUUUUUUUUUUUUUUUUUUUUUUUUGUAAGUAUUGCAGUGCAAAACUGCUGACUGAUCUACACAGACGCACAUGCCUACACAUCCCUCAUACGCCUUUUAUCCUUAAAUGAAGACUUUUACAGCAAGACUUGAACUGAACAAAAAAGAUGGACUAAUGGACUUAAACUCAACUGGAUGAGUUUUAAAUCUCGAGUUUGUAUAAGAUCACACUUGCAUACUGAGGCAGCAUCACUCAGGCAUGCACUGUAAUAAAAAAAAAAUACACGGACAAAUAUAUAUGCAUCAUACAAUGUUCUAUGUGAUGUUGAGCACUUGACAUAAAGGAAGAUUCAAAAUGUUACAGCUCCUAUUUACUGGCAAUGUCAAACACACUUACCCAGCCACGCAGUUCUGAUGUCUGACUGUAUCUUGUCUUUGUUUUAAAUGUGGAACAUUGGAAUCCAGAGAUGUCUCUCUCUUCCUUAAUAUGCUGACCUCGUUUUUUUUUUUUUUUUUGGGUUUUUUUCCCCCUGCUCAAUCAAGUUUGUUGUUCUGAUGACUAUGAUCACUCUGAUGUUAAUUAGCUGUAUAACGUGCCCUCUCGGCCUGUUUGUGCAUGAGAGUUGUCCUUAAUGGAAACGGUGACAUGGAGCAUUAUUAUGGUAUCACUGAAUGUGUGUCAUUGAGAGCUUAAGAAGCGUGGUGUGUGUUUGCUAAUAUAUAUGCUGGUUAAGGAGGCGACUAAAUGUAUAUGUGACAGCUUAUUUCAGGUCUGUGUGCUGGAUAAGUGUAUGCAGAUAUGUCUGUAUGCGUGAGUGUAGACAGCAAGUUCAAAAACAUUGGCACUAAUGAAUAUUUUUUUAAGUUGUGGUUUUAGCAGCCUUUUUUGUUUUAUAUAUUGUCUGAAUUGCAAUAAUAUUAAAGAGAAAAGCUUUUUUUUUUAAGAAGUAACAACCAACUGAAGGCAUUCGUACAGAGACAUGCCAAAUUUAUUGUACCAAGCUGAGCUGAAUGGAUGUUGUAGGAACACUUAAAAGUUACCGACUUGUUUAUUUUUGUGUUGUGUACCAUUUUAAAUUAAGGCAGGCUUUAUCACACCUGUUCAGGUUGUUUGUUUUCUGAUUUUACAAAGAAAAGGAAGUUAAUUUAAAAAGAACAAGACAAUUAAUAAAGGUUGAACUGAAAAGAAUUUA